AUGAAUAAUCAUCGCCAGACCAAGGGCAAGCUGUCUGAGCUUGCAGGCUGCCUAGAAGUAACAAAGGCUCUCUUAUCCGAAGGUAAACUGCGUGAAGGUGUUCCGGAAACCAAAACGAGACAUUCUAUCAUCGACCUCACUGCCGACGAAGCAGCGCAUAAAGACGUGGAGAUGGCAGAUGUUCUUGACAAGACUCAUAUCUCUGCUUCCACUACUCAUCCUGACUACAAGUUCGCCAACUUCUUUCGUGGAGCAGGCGGCGUUUCUGUCGGAGCGGACGUCGUUCACGCACUCAACUGCCACAUUACCACAGUGAACAAGACAUUCUCGCCCGCCUAUGCAGUGACAGGCAAGGAAUACGACGCCACCGAGGCAACCCUGGUCUCUAUCCCGGACGGCCCGGCUCCCACAUCCGAAGACAGAAAGCUGUGCCACGCCGAGGCUGACUUGAUCGAGGCCAGAAAGUCCAUUGACGAGAAGCAAAUGGAGAUCUUCCACCUCAACGAAUCGUUGACCGAGCUCCAGCAGACCAAAGUCUCUCCCUCCGAGCUCAAAGAGUCGCACGACCAUGCCGUCAAGUCUCUCGCUUCUAGAGAGAAGGAACUCCAGCAGACCAAGAUUUCCCUGCUUUGUACCAAAGAGUCGCGCGAUCGAGCGAUCAAGUCACUCGCCUCCAGAGAACAAGAACUCCGCCGAGCCGAAGAAGACUUGAAUGACGCAUUGCAUUCUCUGACCGAGACCACGAGGGAGCUCGAUGAACACAGAGAGGCUUAUGCCCAAGGUGAAGAAGAGCAUCUCGAGGGCCUUAUUGCCUUGAUCAAGUCCACGAUCAAAAUGCGCAAGCAGGACAUCGAGCGCGCCAAAAAGUGCGUGAAUACCCAGGCCACUGACAUGAGUAUUCUUCUCGAGCAGAUGUCCUGUGUCAUUCCGCCUGGUCAGGACAGAGAUGAGAUGAUUGCUCGACUCUGCAAGUUGUCCUGUUCAAUUGAGGACUACGGCCUUAGGUGCAUCGAUCGUUGGACCGAACAGAGCAAAGACGCCAAAGCCCGGGUCAAGGAGCUCGAGCAGGAGCUGGAGGAGAUCAAGCAGUCCGAUGAUUUUGAGAGUUGCGAGGCGGACGAUUAA